AUGGCAUGUGGGGGGCUCGGUGCUGUCAAUAGAUCACAUCUAGAGGAUUACUGCAUAGGUCUAAACCGCAAGCAAGCCAGAUUUAGAGGCAUCAUGGGAGUAGAACCCAUGUCCAUCCAUGAGGAGGAUGAGAUAAAGCAUCUUUGGCAGAAGUACACACAUCUAAGAGCCUUAGGGAUCCAUCCAAAACCUCAUCCACCCAAUUCUCUUGACGCUCAUGGAGAAGUACAUCUUGAGUGA